AUGGAGCUUUUUCACUCGCCCACCUUCGCUGCGGAUGUGAAAGACUUGAUGAAGCAGCAUCAUGUCCCCGGUCUAGCGGUUGCCAUUAUACAAGACGAUCAAGUCGACUCGGCGGGAUAUGGAAAUGCGUGUCUGCAUCCUGAAAUCCCUUGCACAGCGGAUACACUGUUUGAUAUUGCAUCAUCUGCCAAAUCUCUCACUGCUGCGGCGGUGGGGUUGCUAGUCGACGAUAACGAGAGCUUUCCUGAUGUACAGUACGACGCCGUGAUGUCUACUCUUCUCCCUGACGAUUUUGUUAUGUCUGGAGAAGGGUAUACAGAAGGAGUCACCGUGGAGGACAUUUUAGGUCAUCGGAGUGGGCUCCCCGGCCACGAUGAUUCGUACAUGAGUGUGCGAGCAGCACAGCCAGACAAUGCUCGGUCUAUUACAAGAAAUCUCAGAAAUCUCCCCGUCGCUGCCCCGAUCCGCUCAAAAUACAUUUACUGUAAUAUGAUGUAUACUGUGGCCAGCUAUCUGGUGGAAGUCAGAAGCGGGUGUGAUUUUGCCACAUUUCUUGAGAAGCGGUUCUUCCAGCCCCUGGACAUGCAAUCAACUACUCUUCAACCAAGCAGUGCACGAGCAAGAGGUUUGGAAGCCCGGAUGGCAACUGGCUAUACUUGGAACAAAGCCGACUCGGCAUAUCGUGGCCUGGAAAGUCCAGACUGCCCGGAAGGUCAAGGCGCAGGCUCAAUUAUAUCAAGCGUGAAUGACUUUAUCAAAUUCGUCAAAGCUUUGGUUAAUCAGGAACACCCUAUCAAUCAAAAUGUCUAUAGAGGACUCACUCGCAUGCGAGCGUUCGUGAACCCAGAUCCAGCAAAGCGGAAGCGAUACACAUCCCCAGUGGCAUACGGUGCCGGGUUAGAUAUUUACUUUUACAGAGGACAUAUGGUUGUCGGUCACAAUGGCGUGUAUUCUGGAUUCGGAAGUCGUUUCUUCUUCCUUCCAGAUUUCGCAUUUGGCUCGGUCAUCCUAGGAAAUUCAGAGGGAGCGAAUGCCGUUGCUACCAUUCUGGUCCAAAGAUUAAUCGAUAACCUUCUUGGGGUUGAGAACGAAACACCACAUCACAACAACAAAAUCAAAACCACGCAGAAGUCCCAGUCCAAAUCAAAAGCAAAAGAUACACAGUCCACGAAGAAAAAUACAGAGCAUCAUAAAAGCAAAGAUGGUGGUAAGAAAUUACAACAAAAUAUUUCCCUACAGCCGCCAACGAUGCCUCUGAGCGCUUACAUUGGCCAUUACUGGAAUCCGGGGUAUCAUGAUCUACUGGUUCAAAUUAGAGAUGAUGCACUUUUUAUCGAUGCUACAGAUCGUUCAAUGGGAUUUACCCUGAAGUUUGAACAUGUGUGCGAUGGAAAACACUUUAAUGCGCGUAUUACUGAUUGGCUUGAUGGCAGUGAUGACUUGACCAAAGCAGAGUUUGUGAUAGAACAGGGUCAAGUUAUAAAAUUAGGUCUGCGACUUGAAAAUAUGCUAAAGGAAAUGACCUGGUUUGAGAAGAAAGAGGUUAUUCCUUGA